UCGCAAAAAAUGUUGCGUCUGUUUUAAAAUUGAAAUUAAAUGUAAAUUCCAGUGAUUUUACGUACUUGAACAGUGAUUUUACGAACUUGAACAAUCCACUGCACAAACAUGAACUCGGAUACACAGAUUGUGAAACUGAUUGAGGAAAUUUUGGGGGAGAAAAAUAACGACUUCGACUACGAGGGCCCCAUGGUGGACGAGGUUGAGCUGCAGAAAAUUGCCGAAGAUGGAUAUAAAAAGUUUGCUACGAUGUUCGCUGCAAUGCCACAGGAGACGAAGGAAUCCGCCCUGAGGCAGUACCUGAACUAUGUUGCCGUUAUUCCGCACCGGAAUAAGGUUCACAAACACAUGCAAGUACUGAACAAACUGGUCGGGUUGAAUAUCAUCCCGGCCCGGUUGCUCUGCGAGCAGAUCAUGAGUUCGGAAAAGUUGAUCUUUCAGAACCAGAGCUUUUGGAUGGAGUGUUUUCAGGUUGUUCGUAAAACUAUUGGCGGCGUGGAUUACAAAGGUGUUCGGGAGAUUAUGAAAUGCUGCAAGGAAAAGGCUCUCUCAUUUCCGUCAGCCAUCAGCUCCAGUAUUCUGCCUCAGAUGCUCGAAUUAACGGAAGUCAUCGAACAUAUUUUCAAUCGAAAUGCUUGUCUACUACCAGCGUAUUUCAUCAUUAAUGAAAUUCAAAAGCCAGAUUUUCAGGACACUCACUGGCGGAUUGCCAAUCUAAUUGCAAAUUUUAUCGAAGAGUUUGUGAUCGUAGCCCAAAUGUUGACCAUCAUCGGGCAUUCAUCGAUGCUUCCGAUAGUGGAGCACUCGUCAUAUGCAGAUAACCUAAUCAAUCCUUGGAAGCUGGAUCCGAACACCCUCAGGCUAGCGUUGAGAGGUAAUCUACCGUAUGAACCGGAACUGCUCCAGCCUCAGACAAAGCUGCUUAAAUUUGUGUUGGAACAACCGUAUUCACGAGAUAUGGUUUGUUCGAUGCUCAACCUUCAGAAGCAACAUAAGCAGAAGUGUGUUGCUUUGGAAGAUCAAUUGGUUUUGCUAGUGAUUUGCGCAAUGGAAUGCUCGGAAAAAGAGCCUGUUCAUGCAGUGGAUAGCGAUAAUAUGAUCUCAAGCCAUACACAGUGGGUGUGGCUGCAUUUAAGCUCUCAGCUGAUCUAUUUCGUGCUGUUCCAAUUUGCCACAUUUCAGAACAUCGUAAAUUCUCUUCACGACAAGUUGUCGGCGAGAAAUUUACGUCGCGGACGAGAUCAUUUGAUGUGGGUUCUGUUACAGUACAUUUCCGGAAGUAUUCAGAGGAAUUCUAUUUCAAAUUUUUUGCCAAUUUUAAAACUGUACGACAUUCUUUACCCGGAAAAGGAACCACUCCCGGUGCCGGAUUAUAACAGACCGUACUGCACCCAUCAAAUGGCACCAACGUGCAUUUGGAUUCACCUGCUCAAGCGAGCUCAGUCCGAGCAUUACAAUAUAAACCGACCAAUUCCAACGGCUUUGAAGUUGCACCACGAGUUUCUUCAGCAUCUAGUUAUGCCGAACAAUAACGCUACACUAUGUAUGGGCUCUGAUUAUCGGAUUGCUUUACUCUGCAAUGCUUACUCAACCAAUCAGGAACUCUUCUCCCGUCCAAUGGCAGCACUUAUCGAAACCCUUUUGGGAAAUCCGAAAAAUCAAUCCGGCGCUGGAGGAUCGAGUGCCGGUGGUAAUGCCGGCCAGCAACUGCCGACCGUACCGCUUUCGAUGUGUGUCCUAGAUAGUUUAACUAUCCACAGCAAAAUGUCACUGAUCCACAGCAUCGUUACGCAUAUGAUCAAGCAAGCGCAAAAUAAAAGUACAAUUCCCAAUGCGAAUAACAUGGCACCGGCCUUGGUGGAAACGUAUUCCAGGCUGCUGGUUUACACGGAGAUCGAAUCGCUUGGAAUUAAAGGCUUUUUGAGUCAAUUGCUUCCUCAAGUAUUCAAAUAUCACGCAUGGGGUAUUUUAUAUACGUUAUUAGAAAUGUUUUCCUAUAGAAUGCAUCACAUCCAACCGCACUAUCGGGUGCAACUGCUAUCCCAUCUGCAUUCAUUGGCUUCCGUGCCCCACACAAAUCAAAUGCAGCUGUACUCCUGUGUUGAAUCCACCGCCCUUCGUCUUAUCACCGGCCUUGGUUCGGUUGAAGUUCAAGCGCAGCUGUCGCGCUACGUUAACGAACCGAAAACUCCCGGCAAUAUAGUAUCGGCUGAAAGCGAAGAGCUCAAUCGAGCGCUCAUCCUAACGCUAGCGCGCUCGAUGCAAAUCACUGGCACCGGCAAUGAUCUACAAUCUAGCACCUGGUGUAAGGAUCUGCUGGCCAGUAUUUUGCAGAAUACGCCACACUCCUGGUCGCAGCACACGCUCCAAUGCUUUCCACCGGUGCUGAAUGAUUUCUUCGUUCAGCACAGUAUCCCGAAGGAGAAUAAGCAGCUGCUGAAGAAGUCGGUCGACGAGGAGUACCGCAAUUGGGCAUCGAUGUCCAAUGAAAACGACAUCAUCGGACACUUCGGGACGGCCGGUACGCCUCCGCUGUUCCUGUGUCUGUUGUUUAAGAUGAUCUACGAGAUGGAUACGAUCAGUCCGGUGGCUUUCAAAAUCCUAGAACGCAUCGGAGCCCGCGCUCUUUCGGCCCAUCUGCGCAAAUUGUGCGAUUAUCUCGUGUUUGAAGUUGCCAACGCCGGCCAAAGCGUACUCGUGAAUAAGUGUGUUGAUACGAUCAACGACAUGAUUUGGAAGUAUAACAUCAUCACAAUCGAUCGGCUGGUGUUGUGUCUGAUCCUGCGAACCCUGGACGAGAAGGAAGCCCAGGUAAGCUUCUGCAUAAUACAGCUACUGCUGCUGAAAACGUCCGAGUUCCGAAGUCGCCUGCAGGAGUUCGUCAGUAUCAAUUCGCCAGAACAUUGGAAGCAGAACAACUGGCACGAGCGGCAUCUGGCGUUCCACCAGAAGUUCCCGGAAAAGUUUGCACCGGAUGAGUCUGUUUCGAACCCAUCGCUGCCGGUUUAUUUCGGCAAUGUUUGUCUGCGUUUUCUGCCAGUUUUGGAUAUUACCAUUCAUCGGUAUUUGGAGGUCCCGGCUACUAUGAGCAAAACCCUGGAGGUUAUAUUGGACCACUUGGGGGCACUGUACAAGUUUCACGACAGGCCAAUAACGUAUCUUUACAAUACGUUACAUUACUAUGAGCGGAGAUUAAGGGACCGGUCGAUGCUGAAAAAACGAUUAGUUGGUACAGUGAUUGGUUCACUAAAGGAGGUGCGUCCUGAAAAUUGGGCCCUGACCGAGCAAUAUCACUCCUACAUGAUUACAAAGGAAGAUCAAAUCACAUGGGUACCAGAGCUAACUUAUUACAUUCAUUUGGUGCGCCGAAUGCAAGACACUAUCGAUGGAAGCAACGUCUUUCCAGGCACAGACUGGCGUUUCAACGAGUUUCCCAAUCCACCGGCUCACGCACUAUACGUGAGCUGCGUGGAAUUGCUGGGUCUGCCGGCAGGACCGCAGGCCGUAGCCAAUAAUCUCAUCGACGUCGUGGUAAAGGGAUAUCCGGUUAUACCGUACCAGAGCGUACAUAACUGGAUCAAUACGAUCGGCUUGUUGAUGGCCGCCCUACCGGAGGCCUAUUGGAGCGUAAUUUACGAACGAUUGAGGGAUGUAAUUAGCUCCAGUCAGCUGACGGAAUGGACCUACCGGCAGAGUCCGUUCGAUUUGUUCAACUUUAAAAUCGUUACAGAAGCUAUGCUCGAGAGAAGCUACGUGGUCAUACUGGCCAUUGCGCAGAGUAUUUUACAUCACAGUGGAAUCGGACAGAUUUCCACGAUUACUGACUAUAUAAAAGAAAAGUUUAAGCCUAUAAUUAAAACCGAGUACCAACUGAUAUACCUUUGCCACGUGGUGGGUCCUUUCUUGAAUCGAUUGAGUAUCGAGCGACCACGAGCCGUCUCAGACAUCACUUUAGUUCUGUAUGAGUUGUUGGAACAGGUAGACAAAGCCCAGUCGUCGGUUCCCCUGAAGUAUAUGGAUCCGAUUUGCGAUUUACUGUAUCACAUCAAGUAUAUGUUUGUCGGGGAUCUCAUGAAAUCGGAACUGGAAACAAUCAUACGCCGGUUGCGCCCGGUGCUGCAAAUGCGAUUACGAUUCAUCACCCGCCUAAAUGUCGAUGAGAUAGGAGUCGAGCAGCAGAGUGCCGACACUGGUGCUCAGGGCAGCUGUGGCAGUGUGGCUAGCCACGUUCAAUCGGUAGCAGUGGGGCAAUCUGGUGGACAUCAAGGACAGCAUGCCGCGGUUGGUGGCGCACAACCGGCUGGAAGCUUACAACAACCACAGCCAAAACAGUGAAAUUAUCCGCAAGUAUAUUUUAUUAUCCUUUAUUAAGAUAUUUUUAGAUAUUCCAUAAACUCCCAACAUCAUAAUGAUUCCUAAUUAUAAGGAUGAG